AUGGGUGACUAUUCAAAUGCACUUUCAUCUCGUCAAAAAGCACUGGAAAUCAAACAAAAAACUCUUCCUCCAAAUCAUCCUGAUUUUGCUCGUACUUAUGGACAUAUUGGAAUGGUGUCUUCUAAAAUUGGAGAGCAUUCAAAAGCUGUGUUAUAUUGUGAGCAAGCACUUAAAAUAGUAGAAAAUGCACUACAUGCAAACUAUCCAAAUAUUCAACUAUAUAGAAAUAACCUCGAAUAUGUGAAAAAGAAAAUGUAA